CCCGUAGACUGAUAGUCCUCGAUCGACUAUCGACCAUCGACUCCCGACUCCCGACUCCCGACUCCCGACAAUUCUCAGUCCACCCAACAUUUCAUGAUCUUCGAUAACCUUCAAAACCCUUGAAUUUCUCUGCUUCAGAAGAACGUUCCAAAUCCAUUAUCUUCCUCGAUUCAUUCUUCACCAGAAACCGUGGCAAUCAUUAUCUCUCGCCCUUCCAUCGCCAUGCUUCCUUUCUCUUCGACGGUUUCGAAGCAGAUUCGGUUCUUGCUUCAGAGCUUGGACGACUCCAACUUCGAUUCGGUCGUUCGGGAGCUAUGUCAGUUUACUGACUAUGGAAGCGAGGGAAGCAUAUUGUUGCUCCAGACCUGCUUGGAUCACAUAAAUUUUCAUGGCGGGGACAUGCAGAACAUACAGCUGAAACCAGAUUUUCUUGCUGCAAUCUUUAGAUAUUUGAUGGAUAAACCAAAUUUCAGUACAGUCUUUUGUGAAGCCUUGAGAAGUACAUCUAUCAAUGAGGCUUUUCUUGGAGAUUUUUUUAAUGUGUUACGGUUUUCGGUGUAUGAGAAGAUUGGCAUUGGUCUUGCUUUGUCAGAUUCGGAAAAUCUUGAUAUCAGGACAUGCGGUCAAAACUUCUGCAUUUCCCAGAUUGAGGAAUUGUGUGCCCAUCCAACAUCUUUUGAUUUUCAUGGACAAAUGCAGAAUAUUGUCUCGUUCCUGCAUCGGUCAGAGGGCCUUGCUAAGUAUGUGGAUUCCUUUAUGCGGAUGUUAUCCUUAAUGCAAUUGGAAGACAUGACUUCUUUUAUACUAGAUCCAUAUAUUUCAGAUGAUUUACAUGGGGAUUUACAUGGGGCUGAUUCUUUGAGGCAUUUGGAUCUAUUCUAUGAUACCAAUGAAAAUGAUUUUGAUGCUGUUCUAGCAGAGAUUGAGAAGGAAAUUAGCAUGGCGGAUGUUAUGACCGAACUUGGCUAUGGUUUCACUAUUAAUGCGGCGCAUUGCAAAGAAGUCUUAUCCCUUUUUUUACCAUUGACUGAGGGGACCCUCUCCCGGAUACUUGGUACAAUUGCCCGAACUCAUUCUGGUCUUGAGGACAGCCAAAGCACAUAUUCCAUAUUCUGCUCUGCACUUAGUGGCAGCUCAGUACCUGAUUUACCAUGUUUGAACUCCUGGAAUGUUGAUGUCCUUGUAGAUUCAAUUAAACAGCUUGCUCCAGGAACUAAUUGGGUCAGUGUAAUGGAAAACCUGGAUCAUGAGGGUUUCUAUUUCUCCGAUGAGGAAGCAUUCUCUUUUUUCAUGUCUGUUUAUGCAAAUGCAUGCCAGGAUCCGUUCCCACUCCAUGCUAUUUGUGGGUCUGUCUGGAAGAAUGCUGAAGGUCAGCUAUCUUUCCUAAGAUAUGCAGCUUGUGCACCACCUGAAACAUUCACCUUUGGGCAUUCUGCGAGGCAAUUGGGGUAUGUUGAUGCUGUACAUGGCCAUAAGCUUCCACAAGGAAAUGCAAAUCAGGCAUGGUUAUGUCUUGACCUCUUGGAGGUGCUAUGUCACCUAGCUGAGAGAGGUCAUGCUGGCUCUGUGCGAACAAUUCUCGAGUAUCCACUUAAAAACUGCCCUGAGGUCUUGCUUCUUGGGAUGGCCCAUAUUAAUACUGCAUUUAACCUUCUCCAAUACGAUGUAUCUUCAACUGUUCUUCCCAUGAUAAUUGGCAAUGCAAUGAAUAGUGGAGUAUUUCUUCAUUUAUGGCAUGUGAAUCCUAAUCUUUUGGUUCGUGGCUUUAUAGACAUUCAUUUUGCUGAUCCAGAAAAUAUGACCAGAAUUUUGGGCAUUUGUCAAGAGCUGAAGAUUGUGUCAGCGGUAUUGGACAUAACACCUUUCUCAUUCAGUAUUAAACUGGCAGCCCUUGCUUCUCGGGAAGAGCACAUAAAUCUGGAGAAGUGGUUGAAUGAUAAUAUGAGCACACAUAAGGAUGUCUUUUUCAUGGAGUGCCUCAAGUUCUUGAGGGAGAUACCUCUUGACACAGCAGAGGAUCCUGCCAAUCCGUUCCAGCAUUCUGGUGGUGUGGUGAAUGCCUAUUUGGAGUCAAAUUCAACAUUUUUCAAGGUCCUUCAAGCUCAUGCUUCACAGAUUACUUCUAACCUGCUUGCUGACGAAAUGAAGAAGUUGCAUUUGGCAUCAAUGCAUGGUAACCCAAGACUGCAGAAUGGUGGAGUUGCAGAGUCGGCAUCUGAUGUUUAUGCAGCUGAUAUUGAGGCAGAGGCCAACUCUUACUUCCAUCAAAUGUUUUCUGGUCAGCUGACCAUUGAUGCAAUGGUUCAAAUGCUUGCUCGCUUCAAGGAAUCUACUGAUAACAGGGAGCAAUCAAUUUUUGAGUGCAUGAUUGCAAAUUUAUUUGAGGAGUACAAGUUCUUCCCCAAGUAUCCAGAACGACAACUUAAGAUUGCUGCAGUUCUCUUCGGCUCCCUAAUAAAGCAUCAACUGGUGACGCAUCUUACCCUUGGGAUUGCCCUUCGUGGAGUCUUGGAUGCACUGCGUAAAUCUGCUGAUUCCAAAAUGUUCAUAUUUGGGGCCAAAGCUUUGGAGCAGUUUGUGGACCGUUUAGUGGAAUGGCCACAGUAUUGUAAUCAUAUCUUGCAAAUAUCUCAUCUGCGUGGCACCCAUGCGGAACUUGUUGCAUUCAUUGAACGUGCUCUUGCUAGAAUCUCAUCGGGACAUGUCGAAUCAAGUGGUGUCAAUAGUAUAUCUAAUGAUCAGCCUCAAGGUUCUUCCCAGGAUACUUUGGAUAAUGUGGAGGCAUCUGACUCUUCGUGGCCGUUAAUGGGAUCUAAUGCUACACAACCUGGGCAACAACUCUCAUCUCCCCUCCAGCCACAACAAAGACAUCAAGGUUUUCUUGAUGACAGGCAUAAAGCUUCCGCAACUUCGGUUGGAUAUUUGAAGCCCACUCUUCCUUCUGGGCAGCCUUCACUUGUCGCCACACAUGACGCGGUGACCAAUCAGAAGUCAACUGCUUCGCAGCCCGUGCAGAUGGUGCCUUCACAGAAUGUGGGAAGUGGUCCAGCAGCUGUGUCAUCUUCGCCUGGUUUUCUGCGUUCUUCCAGGGGGAUAAUGCCUACUAGUAUGCUUAGACAACAUUCAUAUAAUACAGGGUUUGGUUCUGCCUUGAACAUUGAGACACUCAUGCAAGCGGCUGAGAGAAGGGACACUCAUAUAGAGGCGCCUGCAUCAGAGAUUCAAGACAAGAUACUGUUUAUUGUAAAUAAUAUUUCAACUGCAAAUCUUGAAGCUAAGGCAAAAGAAUUUACUGAGAUUCUAAAGGAGCAGUACUACCCAUGGUUUGCACAGUAUAUAGUGAUGAAAAGAGCAAGCAUUGAGCCAAAUUUCCAUGAUCUCUACUUGAAGUUCUUAGAGAAAGUUAAUUCAAAACCUUUGAAUACGGAGAUUGUGAAAGCUACUUACGAGAACUGCAAGGUUCUUUUAAGAUCGGAGCUUAUAAAAUCCAGUUCAGAAGAGCGUUCCUUGCUGAAAAAUCUUGGUAGCUGGCUUGGAAAGUUCACAAUUGGAAGAAAUCAAUCAUUAAGGGCUCGAGAACUAGAUCCAAAAGUUUUGAUAAUAGAGGCAUAUGAGAAGGGAUUGAUGAUUGCUGUGAUCCCCUUUACCUCAAAGAUUUUGGAACCAUGCCUGUGCAGUCUAGCUUAUCAACCUCCCAAUCCUUGGACGAUGGGAAUCCUUAGUUUGCUUACCGAGAUCUAUGCUCUCCCAAAUUUGAAAAUGAACCUCAAGUUUGACAUUGAGGUCUUAUUUAAGAAUCUUGGUGUUGAUAUGAAAGAGGUCAAACCGACUUCUCUUCUUAAAGACCGGAUUAGGGAAGUCGAAGGAAAUCCUGAUUUUUCAACAAAAGAUAUCGGAGCAUCCCAACCACAAAUGGUUGCUGAAAUUAACUCUGGAGUGAUAUCUACAUUAAAUCAAGUUGAGCUUCAGCCUGAGGUGUCCACUUCAUCUCAUCUUGGUGGUCAUUCAAAUGCAUUAUCUCAGUAUACUGGUCCUCUUCAUCUUGCUUCGGGUUCAUUGGUGGAGGAUGAGAAGAUGGCAAAUCUAAACUUAUCUGAUCGACUUUCAACUGGUCAAGGCUUGUCACAAGUCACCCCAUCCCAGUCACCGUUUUCUGUUAGUCAGCUUUCCACUUCUAUCCCGAAUAUUGGAGCUCAUGUUGUUAUCAACCCUAAGCUCAAUGCUUUGGGCCUUCAGUUGCAUUUUCAAAGAAUUGUUCCAAUGGCGAUGGAUAGUUCUAUCAAAGAGAUAAUGUCUCCUAUUGUUGAACGCAGUGUUACUAUAGCAAUGCAGACAACAAAGGAACUUGUUCUAAAGGACUAUGCCAUCGAGUCGGAUGAGAGCCGCAUAUAUCAUGCUGCACACUUGAUGGUGGCAAGCCUCGCAGGAAGCUUAGCACAUGUUACAUGCAAGGAACCUCUUCGUGGAUCCAUUUCAACCAACUUGAGGAAUUUGCUACAGGCCUUAAAUAUCGCUAGUGAAAUUCUUGAACAAGCUGUGUUACUUGUUACAAAUGAUAACCUUGAUUUGGGUUGUGCAGUGAUUGAGCAACAUGCGACAGAGAAGGCUUUGAGUACAAUUGAUGGGGAAAUAGGUCAACAAAUUGCUUUGAGGAGGAAGCAUAGAGAGGGUGUUGGUCCAACAUAUUUUGAUGCAAGUACUUACACACAAGGUACUAUGGGUAUAGUACCAGAGUCCUUGCGCCCCAAACCUGGUCGCUUGUCCCAUUCUCAACAGAGAGUUUAUGAGGAUUUUGUUAGGUUUGCAUGGCAAAAUCAAUCAAACCAGAGCUCAAAUGCUAUGCCUGCUGCCCCACCUGCUUCAUCUACAGUUUCUGUUAGUUCAGGCCUGUCUCGUGCUUAUGGUUCCAGCACAGGGCAGCUCAACCAAGGUGUCUAUUCAUCCGGGCAAGGGGUGCAAGGAUUUGGCGCAGUUGCACAGCCCAUGGAUCUCAUGCCCGAAGAGAUGGACCCUGGUUCACAACAACUGCUAAGUGCUUCCUCAACUCAUAUUGGAGCACCUGAUGGUAUUGUUCAGCACGGUUCUGAAAUCAAUUCUGUUGUUGCUUCAUUUCCUUCAACUGCCGCAGCCCCAGAAUUGCAUUUGGUGGAACCCUCUACUGCUGUAAAGGAAUUGGGACCUAAUGCACAAUCAUCAACUCCAACGUCUGCCACGGAGCGCAUGGGAGUUGGCAUAACGGAAUCUUUGUUGACCACGGGAGAUGCAAUAGAGAAGUACCAGCUGGUUGCCCAAAAGCUGGAAACUUUGGUCACCAAAGACGCCAGGGAAGCAGAAAUUCAGGGAGUUAUUGCUGAGGUUCCUGAAAUUAUACUCAGAUGUAUAAGUCGGCAUGAGGCUGCAUUGGCUGUGGCUCAAAAGGUUUUUAAGAGUUUAUAUGAGAAUGCUUCAAACAGUGUACAUGUUGGUGCACAUCUUGCAAUUCUGGUGGCUAUUCGAGAUGUUUGCAAGCUUGUUGUCAAGGAGCUCACUAGUUGGGUGAUAUACUCAGAUGAGGAGCGCAAGUUCAACAAGGAUAUAACUGUUGGUCUCAUUCGUAGUGAAUUACUAAACCUUGCAGAGUACAAUGUACACAUGGCAAAGCUUAUUGAUGCAGGAAGGAACAAAACUGCGACAGAAUUUGCUAUUUCUCUUCUCCAAACGUUGGUGGUUCAGGAACCUGGUGUCAGUGUGUCAGAACUCCACAAUCUUGUUGAUGCUGUGGCAAAGCUUGCAAUGAGGCCUGGAUCUCCUGAAUCUUUACAGCAGUUAGUUGAGAUUGCCAGGAAUCCUGCCGCUAAUUCAGCUGCAUCGUCUGGUUUAACUGUUGGCAAGGAGGAUAAGGCUAGGCAGGCCCGGGAAAAAAAGGUUCCUGGUCGCACCAUUGUGAUCAGGGAGGACUAUGCUAAUGCGGAAUCUAUGGCAGCAGAUCCUGCCGGUUUCUAUGAACAGGUUUCUUUGCUGUUUGGUGAAUGGUGUCGAAUUUGUGAACUUCCUGGUGCAAAUGAUGCUGCUUAUACGCAUUAUAUUUCACAAUUACAACAAAGUGGGUUGCUUAAAGGGGAUGAUAUGUCAGAUCGCUUUUUCCGUAUCCUAACGGAACUUUCUGUAGCAUAUUGCGUAUCUACUGAGGUUUCUCCUGCCUCAUUAUCACUACAGCCUCAUCACUCGCAGCAAAUAUCAUUUUUUGCUAUUGAUAUGUAUGCGAAGCUCAUCUUUCUAAUGCUGAAGUAUCAUGCGGUGGACCAAGGGUCAAAUAAAUUGUUUCUUUUGCCGAAGAUCCUAUCAGUUACUGUGAGGGUCAUCCAGAAAGAUGCAGAGGAAAAGAAGGCAUCUUUCAAUCCAAGACCAUACUUCAGAUUAUUUAUUAACUGGCUUUAUGACCUUAGUUCUCCAGAUACAGUCCUUGAUGGUGCCAACUUUCAGGUGUUGACAGCAUUUGCUAAUGCUUUUCAUGCCUUGCAACCCCUUAAAGUUCCUGGUUUCAGCUUUGCAUGGCUUGAGCUGGUGAGUCACAGGACUUACAUGCCUAAAUUGCUCACGCUUAACCCUCAGAAGGGUUGGCCUCUUGUUCAACGGUUACUGGUAGACUUGUUCAAGUUUUUGGAGCCAUAUUUAAGGAAUGUUGAACUGGGCGAGCCGGUUCGGUUUCUGUACAAAGGAACUUUGAGGGUACUGCUUGUGCUGCUUCAUGAUUUUCCGGAGUUCCUCUGUGAUUAUCAUUUCAGCUUCUGUGAUGUCAUACCUCCCAGCUGCAUCCAGAUGCGGAAUGUUAUCCUCAGUGCGUUUCCCCGCAAUAUGAGGCUGCCUGAUCCGUCCACACCCAACUUGAAGAUUGAUCUACUAGCAGAGAUCAGCCAAUCACCACACAUUCUGUCCGAGGUUGAUGCUGCCCUCAAGGCCAAGCAAAUGAAGAAUGACAUUGAUGAGUAUCUCAAGACAAGGCAACAAGGGUCUUCCUUCUUGGCAGAGCUGAAGCAGAGAUUGCUGCUUCCUCAGAGUGAGGCAGCCCAGGCUGGGACCCGAUACAAUGUGCCCUUGAUCAACUCCCUUGUUCUUUAUGUGGGGAUGCAGGCUAUUCAGCAACUACAAACAAGGACUCCACCUCCUCAUGCACAACCAAUGGCACAGGGUGCCUCCAUGGAUAUUUUCUUGGUGGGUGCUGCCAUGGAUAUAUUCCAGACUUUGAUUGGGGAGCUUGAUACGGAAGGACGCUACCUCUUCCUGAAUGCAGUUGCUAACCAGUUACGCUAUCCAAAUAACCAUACACACUACUUCUCUUUUGUCCUUCUCUACUUGUUUGCCGAAGCAAACCAGGAAAUCAUCCAGGAGCAAAUAACGAGGGUACUGUUGGAGCGCUUGAUUGUGAAUAGGCCUCAUCCAUGGGGCCUGUUGAUAACAUUCAUUGAGCUUAUUAAGAAUCCUAGAUAUAAUUUUUGGAAUCGAUCAUUCACAAGGUGUGCACCGGAGAUAGAGAAACUGUUUGAAUCAGUCUCAAGAUCUUGUGGGGGCCCUAAACCUAUGGAUGAGGGUAUGGUUUCUGGUGGGAUCUCUGACAACUCACACUGAGACUUCCCCUGUGAUGGUAUAUUUUGUAGAAUAUGUUAUAUCUAUUUAGCAAUUUGUAAGAUGUAAAGAACGUUCUACACCCCCCCCCCCCCCCCCAAGAAAAAAAAUAAAAAGAACUGGUGGUUGUCGCCUGUUGAAUCAGACAACCGUUGGAUUUUUUUCCCCUUUCUUGGGUCUUUGACCGGUGUUAAAGAAAAUUCAUUGACUUAGUUUAAACUAUAAUUUUAAACUAUAAACUAACUCCUAAGAAAGGGUUUUUGCAUUACUAUUUA